AGAGGAGACACAAGAUACACACAGACACACAUACAGCAGAGAAGAGAUAUAUCCACACACGCAGGAGAGACAUACAACAGAGAGGAGACAGACACACAUACAUCCGAAGAUCCGCCGAUACCACCUCCAGAACGGACGAGAUUCCGGUAUCCGCUUUCCACUCCCCCCCUCCCCUCCUCUCCUCUCCCCGGGAUCCUGCCGAAUUACAUUUGUCCUUUCGCUUAUUAAAAACUCGUACGCUGCUUCUGAACAUGUACGAAACGGAGAUGAAACUGAAGAUCAGAGUCAGGCGGAUCAAAGAAGGAAGGGAAAUCCGAGGAGGAUUUGCUGCAUUUUCCUCCUGUUUCCCAGGCUUAUGUGAGGGCAAACCUACCGCUAUCCUGCCAAUGAGCAUCUCUCAGCCAUGUCUACCUGUCGCCAAUAUCGGGCCUACUCGAAUCCUACCGCACCUGUACUUGGGGUCACAGAAAGACGUGCUAAAUAAGGACUUAAUGGUACAGAAUGGAAUCACAUACGUUCUUAAUGCCAGCAACUCUUGUCCCAAGCCUGACUUCAUCUCAGAGAGUCACUUCAUGCGCAUUCCAGUCAACGACAACUACUGUGAGAAACUUUUACCCUGGUUGGAUGAAUCUGUUGUUUUUAUAGACAAAGCAAAAGUCUCCAACUGUCGAGUACUUGUCCACUGUUUGGCUGGGAUCUCUCGAUCAGCUACUGUUGCCAUUGCCUACAUCAUGAAGACCAUGGGUCUCUCCUCAGAUGAUGCUUACAGGUUUGUCAAGGACCGACGGCCAUCGAUUUCUCCCAAUUUCAACUUCAUGGGCCAGCUGCUGGAGUACGAGAAGAACCUGAAGCUUCUGAAGGUCCGCUCACUGAGCUCCCUGAAGCCCCAGGCCGACAGGCUGGAGGAGGACAUCGACAGAGAGGUGACAGACGUCUGCAGGGGCAUCUUGGAGAGGACACGUCCGGCCUUCUGUGCGCCCGAGGCAACGGGGCAGCCCGCGGCGAAGGACGCCAGCCAGCAGUGCGGAGACGCGGAGAGCGGUGCGGCUGACUGCAAGAACGCCUCCCACAUCAGCCUGCAGCAGGGCCUCAACGGGUUGCACCUGUCGAGCGAGCGGAUUCAGGACACCAACCGUCUCAAGCGCUCGUUUUCGCUGGACAUCAAGUCUUCCUACUCGCCGAGUGCCAGCUUCAAUUCCAGCAAGGCCGCCACGCCGAUCGAUUCCGACGACAUCCCAAAGCUUUGCAAGCUCGAGGUCAAAAUGGCCGGCCCUCCCGGCGUCGAGCAGCAGCAGCAUCACCCUCCGAGCCUGGACAGCCCGGAGAAGCCGGCGGGGUUAGAGGCCGGUGCCGAAACCAAAGCUCGGCAGAGGCGUAAGCCGAAGCACGCGGGCAGCCUCUCCAACCCCUGCGGCCCGGCGCCCCACCCCUUGACCUUGAACGUGACCCGGACUGCCGUCCCCUGCCCAAUCCGCAAGGCCGGCGACGCGGAGGGCAGCCUGAGGCACGCGCUGCUGCUGAACGCGCCGAGCGCCCAGCCGCUGCCCCUGGGCGGCAGCGCCAUCAGCCGGUGGGCCAAGCACUCGGAACUGGCGCCGGCGCCCGCCCCUUCCCCGGCCACGGCGGCGCCCGGCGUCAACGCGCCGACGUGGUACUUCGGCGCGGACUCGCAGCCCGGGCACGUGGCCGGGAGCGCCGGCCGCGAGCCGUACGGGGCGGUGCGGCUGCGCGAGAAGCAGCCCGAGGCCAGGGACACGAGGCGGAGCUGGCACGAGGAGGGGGCCAUCGAGAAACAGUUCAAGAGGCGGAGCUGCCAGAUGGAGUUUGAGGACGGCAUGUCAGAGAGCAGGUCCAGGGAAGACCUGGGCAAGAUAGGCAAACAGUCCAGCUUUUCCGGCAGCAUGGAGAUCAUCGAGGUGUCGUGACACCUUUGGCAACGGGCUGUUUUCACUGGGUGAAAGGGAGGGACUGUGGUUAUUUAUCGCCCGACGAUUCGGAACGGCGGACUUGGUCUAUUUUUUCCGCGUGUGUGUGUGUGUGUGUGUGUGAGAGAGUGAGUAAGAGAGGGGGCGCAGUGUAUCUCUUCUGAUACGGCAAGUGGGCUGACACUUCACUUGAGACUUUUGUCCCGAACAUUUUUAGAAAAGCUAAUUUAUUUUCUCCGCACACAUUCUGGCAAUGGUGAAAGAUGAGGGAACUGGCCACCCCGUUUUGAAGUUGUACAGUACGGUAUUUAAGUACUUCAAGCAAUACUCUCACAGAAAGUCUGGUUUUAUCUUAUUAAUUAUAUAUAUAUAUUUUUUUUUUCCCCUGUUUAAUGUUUCCUUUGUCCUCGCAUCAAACCCUGGUCUGCUACCUGAGAAGGCCACUUAUUGCACUUUGCCCUUCCUUGUCAGUGACUGAGCCAGUUGACAUGUAGACUGCUACAGUAAAGGCUGGAAAAGUACCUUCUAUAUGAGAUAAUCUGUAUGAACUGAUUGCGAAUGGAUGCAGACGUUAAUAUAAUGUAAAUAGUGGUGUAUCUAUUAUUAUGGCUGAUUUAAAUGUUUUUGAAUAGUUUAAUGAUAUCCUGGCUGCUUGAUGCAAAUACCUCAGGUUUGAAUAAACAUAAUAAUUAAAAAAAAGGCUUUUUCUACCCCCACCACCACCACCACACCCCCUUGAUGAAAUGCACUCGGGCUGCAACAAUACGACGGAAAGGGGGGGAAAAAAUCGUCUCAGGUUUUUUAAACGGAUUGAUUUGUGGGGAUUCUCGGGCAAAGGAGUAAGUGAGAGAUCUGCUUAAUUGUUGAGUGCCAGUCGCGCAUGGUCCACUGGUAGAAACGUAUACUAAUGGCACAGCAGCAUGUGCCAGUAACCACGUUUUAGAACAUCCAUGCUGGGGACCUCCCAGUAGCAGCGGUAUCCCUUUUUUUUGAGAGCUGCAUUUUGUAUUCUUUUUUUCUCUCUCUGCCACGUUGCUUGUCCCCAAUCUACCUACCUUGGCGUCUGGACAGGAAAACAGCUUAUUGUAAACACAAACACAAAACGAACAUGUCAUUUCUGGUCUAGCCUGGCUGCAGGAGAAGCUGUCGGCUUUUACAAUGUGAUUUGCUUCUAGCCCAGCAAUGUUAGUCAGAUGCCUGGUGACUGCAUCACAGAUGGAUUGAAAUCUUUACUCCAAGGAAAGAACUAACUGUUUGUGAUCUUAUUUUUAAAUCUGGCUUCGCUGCGAAAAAAAAAACAAAAGAGUCAAAGUUAUUUAUAUUUUUGGUUUUGCUGUUCUGAGAAGUCAACUAGCCCCGUUUUCAUUUUAAAUUCGCUUUCAUGACGGUGGUAUCAAUGACAAGACCAGCGGCUCUUGCGCAUUCCUAAGAACUGCUGGUUUUGAUAGAGCCGAGUGGCUUAUGAGACCUUUUCAGAGGCAAGUUGAGAACCAACUACAUUUUCUAGGAAGGACAGUAGGAGUUAGAAACUGGGUAAAGAAGGCAGGUUUCCUUCAAUUAAGCACUUCAUUGAACCAAUUAGAUUUACACGACAGCUAUACAAUCACUUUUUACUGGUCCCAGCCUUUUAUUUAUUUCCAGUAAUAUUUUAUUUUGAAACUGGUUCCAUUUCCUCAACAACCAAGGUGAAAUUUAUACUCUGAAAUUUCUUCCCUCACCAUCUCCCUCUUGUCUUCAGAACACAUCAGUGGUCCUUCUCUUUGAACGUGCGUUGUUGCCUCUGAUCCUUCUCUGUUCAGAGUCUGCCUUUAACUCAUAUCCCGUCUUGUUGUCCCCUUCCCAGUAAAAUUUAAAGUGAUGUCAGUGCCAGGACAAACUGUUAGCUCCUGAAAGAUUGACAAAAAUGAUUGCCAGAUUUUGGUUUAUCAUUGUGAGGACACGGGAUUGUCAUAUAUCUUAAUCCACCUUUAACACCAGCAUGGUUGAAUUUCUCUUACCAUUACCCACCAGGCAGAUUCACUGGACAAGUUUACCCCCAACUAAAUCAAAACUAAAUGACAAAAUUCAAAUAUAUUUCCAUAUUCACUGACGCAGGCAAACCCAUGACCUAGACUAUUCUGAGAUAUGGACUCUGCCCUUUCUUUGCAACAAUUACAGUUGCCAGUUCUGAUGUCUUAAAGAGAUCCCAUAACACUGCCUGCACUCGGAGGCAAUGCAGUUGCAGAUGAUGAGCCUCAAGUUAGUAUUUGGCUGGCUGACUGCUGCAAUAGUUAAUUGAAAGUUUUAUUUAAGAAAGGGGGAAGGAAUGGUACGGCAGCACAUAUGGUACUGCAGAGCGGUGACUGAUCCACGUGCAAAUCCCACUCUGCUCAGCUCUCAAUCUGAAUUGCACUAAGUGGUAAAAUAAUCCAAGGGAGGAGAGAUGCCGCCAUGAAAGAAAAUAAUUCUCAAUAUCUCUUCAGUUGAUGUAUUCAUCCUAACAAGAGCCAAUGCAAGUUAUCUACAAUUAAUAAUCAUAGAUAAGGUAAUCGGAUUUGAGUGAGUCAGAAGAGUUUUAUGGCAGUGUGUUGCAGUAGUUGAGUAAAUGGACUUACUGUGGAACCUGAGCUGGCACUUGUGAAGUUUAGAUCUUUUGUUCAGUCAAGGUGUUAACAGUGAUAGCAAAACUUCACAGUCUCAUGCUUAUCUAUAUUAUUAAGUUAGGGCAUUAGCAGAAAAAUGGAAGCCUGACAUUUCAUAGGCACCGUUGACCAAACAGUGCAAUGUUCCUUCUUUUAUCCACCUUUGUGCCUCUACAAUUAUAUUCUUUUUUACUUAACAUAAAUAAUAGGACCUACCCAAGCAAAUUUUUAAAAAAUAGAUUUCCAUGCCCCUUUUUGUUCCUGUUUGAUUUAUUCUCGGUUUUGAAGGCAAGUAGAAAUGUGAGUUGGCAAUUCAACCCUCAAACCUGUUCUAGAAUUCAAUGAUAUCCUGCCUGAUCUGAAGCAAAGUUCAUUUCUUUCAUUGGGUUUUAUGUUGUUUGUUAAACUAUUCAGCUUUUGGGAUUAAUUUUUGCACUUUCCCCUUCCUCUGCUUCAUUUGGGAUGCUGCUAACAAUAAGCAUCUCAAAUCUCAUGUAAGCCUCACCAAAAAUGCCCUGACUCUCCAUCCUGUAAUUCUAGGAUCAGGUCAGUUUGUAGGGCCCAGGACUCCCCCAAAUACAGGCAUUCCCUUACCAGGAGCCCAGACCUGGAAUCAGGGUGGGAGACCAGCACUGUAGGUCUGAGAGUCCACACUCACUAGUUAGAAGGCAUCCAGCACUGUAGGCAUAUUUGGAUAUUUGGUGAAAAAAGAAGCUCUUUAACCUUCUCCUCGGCUCCUUCAUGUUCCGUUAUCAGAUCCUCACUGGAAGCUAAGUGGGGUUGUGGCACAAGCCAGGCAUGAUCCAAUUGAAUGUUGGAACACGCUUGAGAAGGUGAAUGGCUGACUCCUGUUUUUGUAUUCCAAUCAGAGCAGGACCCAAGGCUACCAUCUUUCAGAGCUCUUGCUAAUGGGAAUCCUUUGGGACUGGACAAGGAAAAUGAGCUGGAACAUAUUGUUACAUCACUGUCCCCUGAAAUGCACAGAGAAACCUACAAAUCCCUGGGCAGGGCGAAAUGGACAAUGGUGCAAGUAACAUAGGCCUCUUUUCAUAGCUUUCCUCUACUGAGUACCUGGAACUGAAUAGCCUCUAGGUCAAAUCAUCCCUAUUGUCUCAAAGUUGUGCAUGUAGGACAUUAAAGGACAGUUAUCUUUUGUUUUGAAAGAAUGACAGAAAACUCAAAAUAAUAGUUUGAAAUAACUAGUGAAUUUGAUCAGUUAAUUGCUGAUAUGGUGUAAUUAUUUUCAUUAUGAAAAAGAUAAGAGAGAAACUUAGAAGGAUAUUUUCACUUAGAGAUUCAGUGAAGCAUUGAGUUCAUCGCCACAAGAAGAACAUUGAAGGAGGCAGUCACAGUGGUUAAGAGGAAUUAGAUAAACCUGUGAAAAAGCAAAUGAAUAAGUUAAAUGGUUAAGAGGCAUAUUAAGUAGAAUGAGAUUGGAUUUCUGUAAUGUGGCCAAUUAGGUUCCCCUGAACACUCUUCAUGAUGAAAUUUAUACAAAUAGUGUCUUGCAGCAGGGAAGGUGGGGAAGGAACCACAUAUUAUUGUUGUCAUGGUGACCCACAUCAUGAUAGUGUUUCAGGACAAUUUACAGAAAAUAAGAAGAGAAACCAUAUUCUUCCAAUGGAGCUCCUUUCAGGACUGUGUAUUCUUAUUGCCAAUCUAGGCAGAACACAGCCUUUUAUCACUAAUAACCUAAGAAUGAUUGUAAGCAAUUGCCACCCGUCUGGUAUUUAUUUAUUUACCCCUGGCCUGUAUGUGUUCUGUUCUGGCAUAAAACUCUCACAAUAUUGGAACUGUAGAUGAAAACACUCCGUUGCCCUCAGUGACUUUCAUAACACCAAUACAGAGCCACAUGCCAUACUUUUCACCCUGGCUAUCUUGUUCUUUUAAGGGAGUGAGAAGUAUUAUUGAAAAGGAGUGCUAAUCAUACCCAUCAGUAAAAUUAUUUGCCAUGAUAGAGUUGCUGAGAAAUUAUUAAAAAUUCCUCUUGCUUUUGGGAGAUAAAGUUAUGAUUUAUCUGUUGCUGCCCUCAGUUCAAAGCCUUACCCUAAAUUGAUUCCUCUCUCACUCCCCCUGCUCCUCCUUGUCCCACUCCACUUCCUUGAAUACAGUGUCCUGGCAAUGUUUUCUUCCAACCACAUUGGCUUGACUUUUAUAUUUCAAUUUCCUGUCAUAAUAAGCUAUGGCGAGAGAUACAAAUCAGAAGUACAAAUCAUGUAGAUUAAAUAUUUAUUAUAAUGACAUUUGAUGCUUUCCUUUGGUUGUCCCUUUCUGUCUCAACCUUGUUUCUACACAAGCUUUUUAUGAUUUUCUUUUCGGUCUGUUUGUUGUGUAUCGUAGCCUUUAUCCUAUGUGAUUGACGCAUCAUUUUGCUGGUCUUUUACAUUGUGAAGUAUUGAUAUUGUUACCGAGUGUAAUGAAGAAACUUCAAUUUCUGUUAGUAGCUCUAUUUAUUGAAUGCUGUAUCAUGGUGCUUUUUUGUAUUUGAAAAGUGGUGUAAUAAA